UUCCAGGCAGGUAAUAUAGUAGAAAAACGCCAUGCUAUUACAGCAAUUAUUGCUAUCGUCAUGGAUUCCAAUUAAAUCGUUCAAUAGAAACAGAAGAGAAUCAUCAUCCUUUCUCCUCCAGUUGGUUGCAUCUUGUUGCAGUUUUGCAAAUUGGUGGAAGCCAUCCCCUUGAAAAAAAACCCUGAUUGUGAACAGGCAACGAGGCAAGCAGCCCCUGCCCAGUGACGUGCCCACUACUG